GGGGUAUACUGCAGGGAGUACUGUGUUGUGGAGGUGAAUGGGCAGGCAGAUAGAUGGGGUGGUAUGGGGGGCAUGUCGGAGGAUACAGGGAGUUCAUAUUUGCGGAGUCUGUAUUGGGGGAUAUAGGGAGAGACGUAGGAGGGUCAUGGAGGAGUAUGGGGUGGCAUGCUGGGUGAGCACAUUGAGAGGGCACCCUGGGGAUACGGUUGGGGGGCUUGGAGAGGGCACCAGGUUGUGGGGGGCUGACUGGGGGGGGCAGCUCACAACCCCCGUUGCCCCCAGACCCCAUUGGCAGUGCCGAGGAUGGGGGCUUUCGGCGGUGCUAUGGCUGCCUUGAAUGAGACCCUGUGGCAGCUGGGCCACACUGCCUGGGCCAGCCUGGAGGGCUGCCUGGGAGCUGAGCCGCUGCGCCUGCUGGCCGAGAGCCUGCUGGCUGCACUCUGGCUCACCGCCUCGGCCAUCUCAUCGGGCCUGGCCGUGCUGAGCAGAGCACUGGGGGAUCUGCUGGACGCCUGCGGCUUGCACGGGGCCUGGCUGGCGGGCAGCGUGGCGCUGAGCCCCGGCGCGGUGCAGCGGGUCUUGCUGUGGGGGCUGUUAGCUGUGAUGUGGGUCCACCUCCUGCCAUGGCUGCUGGGCCGGGUCGUGGCACUGCUGCGGCCUGUGCUGCGCUGGCUGCGGCUCUGUGUCUUCCUGGGAGCCUUCCUGCACGUGGCGGCGGCAGAGGGCAGCGGCCUCGUGGUUCGGGCGGCCAUGCUGCUGGGGCUCUGGGGGCUCUACGUGCUGCUGGGAGGUGGCAGGGCCCCCUCGCCCAGCCCUGCUGCACACCUGGAGGCUGCUGUGCGCAGCCUGGAGUGGAAGGUGGAGGAGCUGCGGAGGAGGCAGCAGCGCUAUGGGCCAGCACGGGGCCGUGCAGAGGAGUGAGGGGUGUGGGGGGCCCUGUGUGUGUGUGUGUGUGUGUGUGUGUGUAUGGGCCCCCCCAGUGCCCCGCAUCAGUGCCUUCACUAACACCACACCCAAGCCCUGAACCCGCUCACACCAAAGUGCCUGGGGAGUCCCACACCGGGUAACCCCCCCAGCCAUAGGAUGAGGGCUACGUGCUUGGAUUGCUGUUGUGGAAUUGGCCACAUUGGUUUGCUGCUGUGUUUAUUUGGCCACCAAAUAAAGUUUGCUGUCCACACUGUG